AUGGAGGAGAAGGAGGAAGAGAGGAGGAAGAGGUGGUUUGUGAUAGGAAUUUAUCAGCAGAGCGGCAGCCAGGUGAAUACCAUCCAGGUGAACACCAGCCAGGUAAAUACCAGACAGGUGAAUACCAGACAGGUGAAUACCAGACAGGUGAAUACCAGACAGGUGAACACCAGCCAGGUGAACACCAGCCAGGUAAAUACCAGACAGGUGAACACCAGCCAGGUGAACACCAACCAGGUAAAUACCAGCCAGGUGAACACCAGCCAGGUGAACACCAACCAGGUAAAUACCAGCCAGGUGAAUACCAGACAGGUGAAUACCAGACAGGUGAACACCAGCCAGGUGAACACCAGCCAGGUAAAUACCAGCCAGGUGAAUACCAACCAGGUAAAUACCAGCCAGGUGAAUACCAGACAGGUGAACACCAGCCAGGUGAACACCAACCAGGUAAAUACCAGCCAGGUGAAUACCAGACAGGUGAACACCAGCCAGGUGAACACCAGCCAGGUAAAUACCAGCCAGGUGAAUACCAGACAGGUGAACACCAGCCAGGUGAACACCAACCAGGUAAAUACCAGCCAGGUGAACACCAACCAGGUGAACACCAGCCAGGUAAAUAACAGACAGGUGAACACCAGCCAGGUGAACACCAGCCAGGUAAAUACCAGACAGGUGAAUACCAGACAGGUGAACACCAGCCAGGUGAACACCAGCCAGGUAAAUACCAGACAGGUGAACACCAGCCAGGUGAACACCAACCAGGUAAAUACCAGCCAGGUGAAUACCAGACAGGUGAACACCAGCCAGGUGAACACCAACCAGGUAAAUACCAGCCAGGUGAAUACCAGACAGGUGAACACCAGCCAGGUGAACACCAGCCAGGUGAACACCAGCCAGGUAAAUACCAGACAGGUGAACACCAGCCAGGUGAACACCAACCAGGUAAAUACCAGCCAGGUGAAUACCAGACAGGUGAACACCAGCCAGGUGAACACCAACCAGGUAAAUACCAGCCAGGUGAAUACCAGACAGGUGAACACCAGCCAGGUGAACACCAGCCAGGUAAAUACCAGACAGGUGAACACCAGCCAGGUGAACACCAGCCAGGUAAAUACCAGCCAGGUAAAUACCAGACAGGUGAACACCAGCCAGGUGUACACCAGCCAGGUAAAUACCAGACAGGUGAACACCAGCCAGGUGAACACCAGCCAGGUGAAUACCAGACAGGUGAACACCAGCCAGGUGAACACCAGCCAGGUAAAUACCAGACAGGUAAACACCAGCCAGGUGAACACCAGCCAGGUAAAUACCAGCCAGGUAAAUACCAGACAGGUAAAUACCAGCCAGGUCAACACCAGCCAGGUGAAUACCAGCCAGGUCAACACCAGCCAGGUAAAUACCAGCCAGGUGAACACCAGCCAGGUGAACACCAGCCAGGUGAACACUAGCCAGGUAAAUACCAGACAGGUGAAGACCAGCCAGGUGAACACCAGCCAGGUAAAUACCAGCCAGGUGAACACCAGCCAGGUGAACACCAGCCAGGUGAACACUAGCCAGGUAAAUACCAGACAGGUGAAGACCAGCCAGGUGAACACUAGCCAGGUGAAUACCAGCCAGGUGAAUACCAGCCAGGUCAACACCAGCCAGGUGAAUACCAGCCAGGUCAACACCAGCCAGGUGAACACCAGCCAGGUAAAUACCAGCCAGGUGAACACCAGCCAGGUGAACACUAGCCAGGUAAAUACCAGACAGGUGAACACCAGCCAGGUGAACACCAGACAGGUGAAGACCAGCCAGGUGAACACUAGCCAGGUAAAUACCAGACAGGUGAACACCAGCCAGGUGAACACCAGCCAGGUAAAUACCAGACAGGUGAAGACCAGCCAGGUGAACACCAGCCAGGUAAAUACCAGACAGGUGAACACCAGCCAGGUGAACACCAGCCAGGUAAAUACCAGACAGGUGAACACCAGCCAGGUGAACACUAGCCAGGUAAAUACCAGACAGGUGAAGACCAGCCAGGUGAACACUAGCCAGGUAAAUACCAGACAGGUGAACACCAGCCAGGUGAACACCAGCCAGGUGAAUACCAGCCAGGUGAAUACCAACACUUUGCUUUGA